UUAACAUAUGAUCCGAGCCCUUAACGAAGCAGAGAGAGUGGUUCUCUAAUGGCAUUGCCCUAAACCUCCAUUAACGCAACCACCUAGCUUUCUUCCUCCUCUUAUUCGGAUUCAUCUUCAUCGUUAUCUUUUACUCAACUUAAGCUCAUUCAAUUCUCUCUUAAGAACCAGGGACGCGGGGUUCCAGCGGAGAGGAACUCACCACUUCACUUCUCUCCGAUCAGACUCAGUAUCCAUGGACGCCAAGGCUACUGAUGAAGCUUUCGCGGGACCUGGUGGACAACGCUCCUCCACGAUUCCGUCCGGAGAGAACUCCGUCUGGGCUGACGUCUCUCCCCUGCUUGACGCCGCCUGUAGAGAUCUUGAAGACGGCGAGCUCAUUCAUGGAGAUAACUUCAAUCUUUUUGCUGCCAUGUCUGCUCUGGAGAUAAUGGACCCAAAGAUGGACUCUGGCAUGGUAUGUAAAUACUACUCUGUUGACGAAGCAAUUGAGGAUGGUGUUGCACCAAUUCCAAUUAGUUUUGAUAAAACUAUUGAUGUUCGAUGCACUAUUGAUAUCAUGGACCAUCUUCUUGCUUGCGAGGCAACAUGGCACAAGGGUCAUUCAUUGUCGCAAACUGUUUUCUCUUGCAUAUAUCUUCUGAGGCCUGAUAGGACAUCUUCACAUGCCUUAUUGCAUUCCUUUUGCAGAGUCAUACGAGCAACCUGCAAGGCAGUUAUUUCAGUUGUUUCAGAUGCACGCACACAUGAAGAAGAGGAUCUUUUUACAAUGAGUUAUGGCCUUCCUUUGAAUGGGGAUGGAGAUGAUAAGUGCUUAACUGUGCUAAAUGCUGUUGAAGAAACACUAUGUCGUCAAUUGCGUGCCUGCAAAGCGCCAUCUUCUAGAAGAAAAGUGUCAGAAGAUAUAGAGCCAUUACAAACUAAUGUUGAUCUGGAAGAAGGCUAUUGCAAAGCUUUGCUGUGCCGCUUACGCCUUCGUAAGCAUUUUUAUCAUGUUCUUGCAUGUGUGAGGCGUCCACAAGGGAGAGGCUUGGAGUUGGCCAGAAAACAUAUAGCCUCCUGCAUAUCAGAGUUAGAAUGCAUUCUUUCUUCAUCAGAAUUUCUUCGAUCUAGGGCUUCAGGAGCUUGCAAUGAUGGUUUAGAAGAUAAAACUACUGCUUCUGGUUGUCCACCAAUUGGAUUUGACGCUAGUUUAAAUUGUAGAUUGGCUGCCCCUACACCACCACGUGCUAUUAAAAUUCUUAGCUGGAAAGAGGCUGUCAAAUAUUUUAUGAAACUUUUUCAUGAUCUUGACAUUAUAUGUUCGUACUCAUUGGACCCAUCUUUAGACAGUGUAUUGCACUUUGUAGUUCAAUUUCAAAAGACUCAACCAGAUUUAGUUGCCAGGUCUCAUCUACAGCUUCUUCUGGUUCAAGAUGCGAAACUCCAUGGUCGGGAUCCUAUCUUUGCCGUUAUUACUAGAGCUGCAGCAUUGCCUGAAGCUACAAAGAGCCAUGAUAUUCAAAAAAAUGAAUUUGUUGUACAACUAGGACAGUUAGUGAUCAAUCUCCUCAAAAUUAUUUGUACCAAUAGUGCUUGGCAAAGGCGUAAGCUUGGGAAGAUUAUGCAAGAUUGGCGUGUAAUAUACUUGCAGCUAGAGAUGGUUUUCAAAAGGGAGUGCGGAGAAAAUGCAAGCAUGUUGAAAGAAGAGAAUUCAUGGGUGAAAAUAUUUCAACAUAUCCUCAUUUGGGUGGAAGAGCAAACAUACUGGAUAGCUUCUCGGUUUCUCAUUUUGGGUUUUGAGUUAGAGCUAUAUUCCCCCAAUGAAUAUUGUAUGGUGUAUUGGUAUUUAUAUGUUGUACUGGUCAAGCUUGCAGAGAAAACUCAUCUUAAGAUGGCAGUCACCAGCGGGGCUGGUAAACGAAGAGGAAAGAAAAAAAGGGAUACUUCAAAAGAUGCGUUGAAAGAUUAUCAAAUCCCACCAGCGGUUUUGUUUCUUCAGUGUCAAAUAUGUUUGGCUGAAGGGCUCACUAUGAUGCUUGCUGCUCUUAGGAAUGAACAAAGAAUUUUCGAGAUUCGAAGCCCUUUUAAUACCGAGUAUGAGAGAUUUAUUCAACAUUUCGAGCUUUUACAAAAAGCAAGCAUUCCUGAUCACAUUGCAUACCCUUCAUUUCAAGAAUCCACAACCUAUGCUCGUUUCUCGAACCUGCUUAUGUACAAUUACUUCAAGGAUGCUCUGAGAAUGGCGAAAGAGGUCAAGAGUAGUUUCUCGAAUGAACCUGACAAAUUAGCCGAACUCAGAAGGUUAGAGCAAGUGGCCGAGCACAAUAGCAUCGCGUUGAAUGUGAUUUGCCGGGUUGGAACUCUUGACCCUUCUCUAAAGGUUUCAUUUGAGUUCAACCACCAUCCUUACUUUGCUACUGCAGUAGUUAAGAGAUCUUGAUGGUGUCUUCUAAUGAUGAUCUCAACAAUUUUGAAAUGCAUUAAAUUAAUGAUAAAAAGGAAAAAAGAGUCUUGUUACGGCUCUUUCAGUAUCAAUAUUUGUUAAAAACAAAUUUUUACAAUUACUUAUUACAUUAAUUAAUUUGUAAUUGCAAUGAGAGUACAAUAAAACCAUAUUAGUUUUAUUUUA